AUGUUCAAGGAUCAUAGCUUUGUAUUCCUGCCCAAUGGCAGCACGCCGCGGGCGCGCAUCGUGGCCCAAGUCCUGCGGCGCCACGGCGGGUCCCUGCAAGAGGGGGCGGGCGACAGCCCCAUCACAUACCUAGUCCCGGACCAGUAUCUGACGGCGACAGGGGAGGUCAAGAAUAGAGAGCUGUUUGAGCUUGAGGAGCAGCGGCCGGGCACCUGGCGCAAGGGAGCAGUGCGGCUGUCGUGGGUUUCAGACUGCGUCAAGGCCGGACAAUUGCUGAACAAGGAAAAUUACGCUGUAAAGCCGCCCCAACGUGCGGAAGGCAAACGGCUAGGCAAAAGGCGGCGUGAGUCGGAGCAUUCUGCUGCUGCAGCAGCUGCUCGGCCCGCGACGCCGUUGGAAGGCAAUGCCAAGGUGGCCUGUGCGCUGCAACAGUUGGCAGAAAGGUGCCGGCUGCAGGGGGAGGCGUUCCGCAAUAGGGCGUACCUCCUGGCCCGUGAGGCGGUAUUGGAGCUGCCGUACAGCAUCCAAACGUAUGAGCAGGCGCGAUCGCUGCCAAACGUCGGGGACGGGAUCGCGCAGAAGAUCGCGCUGCUGGCGGCGGGCGGUAGCGUGCCUGGGCUGGAGCUGGAGCUGACGCCGGAUGAGCGGAUCGUGCGCUACUUCGCGGCGUGUCACGACGUGGGGCCGGGGCGCGCGCAGCAGUGGCGCGCGCUUGGGUUUGAGUCCUUUGCGGACGUGCUGCGCGCGUCGCCACAGUGGCGGCUGCCGUGGGCGAUGUUGUACGGGAUGAGGUUCUACGAGGACUGGCAGCUGCGGAUCCCGCGCGACGAGGUGGGCGAGCACGCGGCCGUUCUCGAGCAGUGCGCUCCUGCGGGGAUGAGCGUGGUCAUUGCGGGCUCGUAUAGCCGCGGCAGCACCACGUGCGGAGACAUCGACGUCGUGCUGUACCGCGAGGGCUGCGACGACCCCGAGGUGCUGGCGGACGACCUCACAGCGCUGGUGCAGCGACUGGUGAGCAUCGGCUACGUGGAGUGCCCGCUGCAUCUCAGCAAACGGCUGCAGCCACUUUUUGACCCCGCAGUGCAUUCCCUGGCCCGCGGGCUCGGAGUGAGUGUUUCUGGGCGGCUAAGCGAGAAGGACACACUGGCACGGUUCUACAGCGGAGUACGACUGCCCGGAAAGGCGCCGGUUCCGCCGGGGGCGCCUGCGAUCCCGUAUGUGGCUCAAGACCGCGAGCUAUUUGCGCCGCACGCCAGCGGUUCCGCGCGGCCGUGCCGCCGACUCGACCUACUGACGUGCAAGUGGAGCGAGCGCGGCGCAUGCCUGUUGUACUUCAUCGGCAACGACACUUUCAACAAGGCUCUGCGGACGCGGGCCUCCGCGCAGGGCAUGACGCUGAAUCAGCACGGCCUGUUUGACAAGUCGAGCGGCGCGUGCGUCGAGAGCGCGGACGAGUACCGCAUCAUGGAGCUGCUCGGGUUCCCGCGGCUGGAGCCCACGGACGAGCAGCGCAACAGGCGCAUAUAG